AUGGAAUCACGCAAAUCUGCCGUGAGUUGGUCUAAUAAGCGACGACAGGGAAGCAUGCAAAGUCGCCGACGGAUCAAGUACGAGCAAAGCCCGAGCUCAACCCCAACGUGUUUACAUUGCGCUGGCCGCAAUAUGCUCAGCCAAUACCCGCCUCGACCCCGAUUAACCCGGAUAGACAGCAAAUAUCGAUCCCUGUCUUCAUCCAGUGUCUCUUCUACCUCAACAUCGAUGACCUCGCCGCUGCCUUCAACAAUGACAGAAACCCGAACCGACUCAAGACAUGCCCUCACACAUACUUGCCUUCCAGACCACAUGGAGGAAACCCUCCACCUCGAAGACCUUGAACUUAUGAUGCACUGGUGCACAACGACCUACAAAUCCCUGGCACGAGACCCCCAAUCCGAAACAAUAUGGCAAACAAUCGUUCCAAACCUGUCCCUCCGAUACCCAGCCCUCCGCCACGGCAUCCUAGCCCUAUCAGCCCUACACCUAGCAUCAUCAAGCACAGGACCGUCCAGACGAUGGCGACACCUCGACACAGCCCGAUCCCACCAGGUCCAAGCCCUAAACGGCCUCCGACAAGACAGCCAAGACCUCACAGACCCAGAAUGCAACGCGACCUUCGCCCUCUGCUGCAUUAUGCUGGUCUUCGCCUUCGGCUACUGUAUACUGGAAAUCGAAAACGACGAACCCGACGAAGACCAAUCAGGCCCUCUAGAUGAAUUCUUCGAAGUCUUCCAGUUAACCCGGUGGCUGGUAAGCAUAAUGAUGCGUCUCAUCGACAGAAUAUCAGUAACAGAGCUCGCACCACUAAUCACACCGGAUGAUUCGCGCCCAACUAUGCCUGACAUGUCCCGGCUAGUGAUACUCUCACUCCGACGACAGAAUAUCAUGGAAGCGGAGCGUGACCCUGCACAUGAGAAGGAGAUCUAUGAUUCAGCAAUUGAGCAUCUGAGCAAUUCCCUCGGGAAACUUAUGAAAGGCGGCGAGCCGCGGAUUUUCGCUUUUUGUUGGAGUUUCCGUGUUCCAGAGCCAUUUUUGGAUCUUAUGACUUCGCAUCAGCCUUUUGCGCUUGUAGUGCUGGCUCAUUAUGCUGUCAUCUUGCAUCAUCUGCGUGAUUUGUGGUGGAUGGGCGAUUGGGGGACUAGGAUUCUGAGGGAAAUCGGGGAUCUGUUGGAACCCGAGUGGCGCGAGCUUAUUAGCUGGCCUAUUGAUGCCACGGGGUGUUUUAUUCCGGGGUGA